ACUCAGGAGUUUAUAGUUUGGUAAUGGAUUUCAGGUGGGAAUGAAGUCCCAAUUUUAUUUACUACACGGAGAAAGCUCAGAGGUCUGGGCUGCAGGGGUUGACAUUGCACUAGACAGCGCACCACGUUGCUCUUCUCCCAGCACAAUACAGGUUAGGGACCAGAAAUUAUUCGGAAUUAUUCAGGUCUUCUUAAGGGGUAACCAGAGAAAGGUCUAACAAGGGUAAAGAGCAAGCCAGGGCUCCGCGUUCUCCUAGGACCUGGGACUAGAUAGCAGGAGCAGGGCGUGCUGCUGCUGCCCGCCCGCAGGGGGCGCUAGCAGGCCGCCUCCUGGCUCGCCUAUCUUCUUCCCACGUGAAAGGGGGCUGGGACGCAAAGAAUGCGGCCCGCCCAGAGCUGACGUGAGCUGUGCUGCCGGCCCGGAUACUUUAAAAGGCCGGGCGCUGCGUGUGGCAUCCUGGUAAAGCUGGAGAGCAGGCAAGCGGGCGUGCUGUACGGCGGGAUCGCGGCUGUCAUUGCGCCCGAGCAUCCCGGGGCUUUCCAGAGCAGACAAGCCGGCCGUGCUGGCAGCCACAGCUCUGCGCUCCUCGCAGAGUCCGCCGAUCCCCCUACGGGCUAGCGUCCAGGACUUAGCACAAAGCACGUUUCCCAAAGCAGCACAGCGAGCGCCCGACCGCGCGCCGGCGCACGCACCCCUACUUUCCUUUGUUCCCGGGGUCGGCGGCCGUCCUUCUCCCCACGUCGGAAUCUCCUCCCGGGGUGGCGGGCCGCCGAGUGCAGCUGCGAAGAUGCCCUUGGAACUGACACAGAGCCGGGUGCAGAAGAUAUGGGUACCCGUCGACCACCGGCCCUCGUUGCCCAGAUCUUGUGGGCCGAAGCUGACCAACUCCCCGACGGUGAUUGUCAUGGUGGGCCUCCCUGCCCGAGGCAAAACUUACAUCUCCAAGAAGUUGACUCGCUACCUCAACUGGAUUGGUGUCCCAACGAAAGUGUUCAAUGUGGGUGAGUACCGCCGUGAGGCCGUGAAGCAGUACAGCUCUUACAACUUCUUCCGCCCGGACAACGAGGAAGCCAUGAAAGUGCGAAAGCAGUGUGCCUUGGCUGCCUUGAGAGAUGUCAAAAGCUACCUGACAAAGGAAGGGGGACAAAUUGCAGUGUUUGAUGCCACCAACACUACUCGAGAGAGAAGACACAUAAUCCUGCAUUUUGCCAAAGAAAAUGACUUCAAGGUGUUUUUCAUUGAGUCCGUGUGUGAUGACCCUACGGUUGUGGCCUCCAACAUCAUGGAAGUUAAAAUCUCCAGCCCGGAUUACAAAGACUGCAACUCGGCAGAAGCCAUGGACGACUUUAUGAAGAGAAUCAAUUGCUAUGAAGCCAGCUAUCAGCCGCUGGACCCUGAUAAAUGUGACAGGGACUUGUCAUUGAUCAAAGUAAUCGACGUUGGCCGGAGGUUCUUGGUGAACAGAGUUCAGGACCACAUCCAGAGCCGCAUCGUCUACUACCUAAUGAAUAUCCACGUGCAGCCCCGCACCAUCUACCUGUGCCGGCAUGGCGAGAAUGAGUUCAACCUCCAGGGCAAGAUUGGCGGGGACUCAGGCCUGUCUAGCCGAGGCAAGAAGUUUGCCAAUGCCCUGAGCAAGUUUGUGGAGGAGCAGAACCUGAAGGACCUCCGGGUGUGGACCAGCCAGCUGAAGAGCACCAUCCAGACGGCAGAGGCGCUGAAGCUCCCCUAUGAGCAAUGGAAGGCGCUSAACGAGAUCGAUGCCGGUGUGUGUGAGGAGCUGACCUACGAGGAGAUCAGGGACACCUACCCUGAGGAGUACGCGCUGCGUGAGCAGGACAAGUACUACUACCGCUACCCCACAGGCGAGUCCUACCAGGACCUGGUCCAGCGUCUGGAGCCUGUGAUCAUGGAGCUGGAGCGCCAGGAGAAUGUGCUGGUCAUCUGUCACCAGGCUGUCCUGCGCUGCCUGCUGGCCUACUUCCUGGAUAAGAGUGCAGAAGAGAUGCCCUACCUGAAAUGCCCCCUUCACACUGUCCUGAAACUGACACCUGUCGCUUAUGGUUGCCGCGUGGAAUCCAUCUACCUGAAUGUGGAGUCAGUGAGCACACACCGGGAGAGGUCAGAGGAUGCAAAGAAGGGACCUAACCCGCUCAUGAGACGCAAUAGUGUCACCCCACUAGCCAGCCCCGAGCCCACCAAAAAGCCUCGCAUCAACAGCUUUGAGGAGCAUGUGGCUUCCACUUCUGCUGCCCUGCCCAGCUGCCUGCCCCCGGAGGUGCCCACGCAGCUGCCCGGACAACCUUUGCUAGGGAAGGCCUGUCUAACAUGAAAGGCUCCCGGAGUGGCGCCGACUCCUCCAGGGAACACUGAAGCAGACACAUCCGGUUCCGUUCCAUUUCCACUUCUGCAGCUUAGCUUGUGCCCACCUGUCUGCCUGAGGCCAAAACAAUCCCCAGGACUUCUGGACCAGGCGGGGGUGGAUGAGAAAGGGAGACUGCUGGCUGGAGAGCAGCUGCAUCCCACGGUUCCCGGAUGGCCAAGGAGACAACMGCCAUGUGGAUCCCUGCUCAGGCCACGAGCUGCGGGCCUCCCCGCCCUCCAUGCUCCAGGGCCUUCCAGGGUGUCUGGCCUCAAGUUCUUCCACCAGGCUUGAGGAGGACAGUGUGUAAGAGGAGGAGGUGAGAGGUGGGACCCCAAUGGACCCCACUAUUUGGUUUUGUUUCUGUGAUUCUGGCCUGGCAUUUGCUUAGCUGGUGAGAUUCGACUAGGAGAGAAUCCUGAAGUUAAAGGAGGGCAGAUCCUAGCUGCGGAAGGUGGAGACUCACGUGGCUCUUUGGUGCAUCUUGGCCUGGGAAGGUGCCUCAUGGAGAAAGACUUGGCUGCAUGCAGAGUUGGGACUUCUCCUGAGAAGUUGCAGAGCUGAUGUUCGCCUGUCAACAGAGCAGUGACGUGCUCGGACUUCCUGUAUGUCCACCUGCCUCCUCAGCCCUGAGUUCAAGGACAGACUGGC